AAGGCAUUUAGUCCUCGAUCUUUUAUGAUUCCGCUAUACAAAGUAUUCUGGCAUAUGAAGACAAUUCGACAUAAUGAAUUCUAAAGAAGGAUGCUGCGGACUCAGAACGCCGUGGGGAAAUAAUUGAAGUGAACCAGCGGAAAGAAUCGAAUGGCUUCUGUAGAGCUUCUUUAUAUAGAUGAAGGAAGAGGCAGACAACCCGAUCCUCCCUGCGUCCUUGACUGGGCUUCCAAUUCGGUUCAUGUUCGUAAAGCGAGCAGUUUAGCCGGAGGGGCGCUCUCUAUCUCAGCUCCGGUCUGCAAAGGACUGUGUAAUUCAGCACCAAGGACGGUUCCCCUUAACGGAGGUCCGCAUUUUAAACACGGUCACCCUGCGUUGGAGAAGGUCAGAGUGUGCUGCGACGAGGAAUCAGAGACAUCUUUCACCUAUGUCGACGAGAAUGUGAAUUUGCGCCUGGCAAGCCCUGGGAAAAGUGGGGAAAGUAUCCACAAAUCCUGUAGGCCUAAUGACUGUGCGAGCGACAUUCGGCCCGAGGGGUUGCAUGAGCUCUCCCUAAUGUCAGAUGAUGAUCUCGCAUCAGAAAGUUCGGGGGCAUCUGUAGAUUACGGUUUUAUAAGCGCGGUCACUUUCCUAGUCACUGGGAUCUCGUUAGUGAUUAUAUCCUAUGCAGUCCCUCGCGGGGUCAAAGUGGACCCGGAGAGUGUGUCCGCGAGGGAGAUGGAGAGGCUGGAAAUCGAAAGUGCCAGGGUAGGGGCACACCUGGAUAGGUGCGUGAUAGCGGGGCUUUGUCUACUGACGCUGGGCGGGGUAGUGCUGUCCACUCUGCUAAUGAUAUCUAUGUGGAAGGGAGAGAUGUACAGGAGAAAAGCCUUUGCAUAUUCCAAGCACUCAGCGAAACUAUACGGCUCCAUCAUUUUAAAAACGAGGUCUAGCCCUAGUCGGUCGUCCGCACACCUGUCUAUGAAGGAAGAGAUAGAGGAGACCUUGAAUUAAAAUGAUAUCCAGUUGAUAAAAUACUUUGUCUUGUGUUACUAAGCCAGAGCAACACAAUAACGCAUGAUGCAGGUUCUCCAGACACAAAGCGUGCAACCUGAACACAGCAGUCGGUCUACCUACAGUACAUUAGCAUAACUGUUCAAAUAUUCAUUUGUUUUAAUAUCCAAGAUUAUGAAGUAUACAUUGUCUUAUAGUAUCAUCUCCAUAUCAUUUAAUGGCCUAUUUAACCAGGUAAGCAAAUUGCCAAAAUGAUACAGAAUGAAAAAGCAUGAC